AUGGACUCUACAGCGUUCUCCAUGCAUUUCCGCAGCCUUGCAAGAUCCAACUCUGGCAUGGAGAAGACGCCAACGAGCAUUCAUCUAACCUUUGAUGAGAAGACACCGUCUGAAAAAAAUACCUCUGCUAACUCUGGAAGUUUUAUGAUGCUAACAAAUGCUAGGAAGCUGAGUCCAGAAUCUGCAUGUCCAAUGCAUAAUGUUCAGAGUGACGGUAAAGAUUCGAAUGAAAUGAGCCUUAUCGGGAAUAAUCCAAAUAGGUAUGACUAUGGUAGACUUUCUCCUACCUUGGAUGCCCUCCUGGCGGAAGGCAGCCAGGAUUUGCAAGCUCUUCCUGGUUUUGAUGUUCACAAUGCAAAUGCAUCAGCUACUUUCGAGGUUUUCAAUGCUGAUGAGGGUAGAAGCAGUAAGGAGAAUGUCAAGGGCUCUGCAGAUAACAUAAUGAGCUCUAUGGGCACUGAUGGAACCAAUCAGAUAACUGUUGCAGCUUAUCAUGAAUUAGACAAGGCAAAGAGUGCUUCUGAAGGAAUGUGCAUUGAAAAUGUUAGAAGUGAUUUAUCUAAUAUGGUUGACAGUUUCAUUCUCGAUGCUCCUGUUUAUCAGCAUAUCCAUACUCCUAAUCAGACGCUAAAACUUGGGCCUGUAUUUCAACAUGUGACUGAAGCAGCCAUCAAGGAAAAUUCCCCGUGGAAUGGAAAUCAGAAUCUUGAUUCUACUGAACAGGACCCCAACAGAUUGCACACAUCUCAUUUGAAAGGCUCUAUAUCAUCUUUAGCAGCUAAAAGGCGUCAAUUGUUUUUGGAUACAGUUAGUUCACCUGCAAACUUUCCUUUUGCAUCUCCUUCAGCCAAAAUGUCUGGGUCACUGCUAAGUAAGGAAAGAACUCAGCAUGGUUUGAGUCUGUCAUCUAUGUGGAAGAACAUUCCUAAGUUUGGAAAUCUUGAUUCAUCUCCUUCUUCUACUCAUUUGAAGGAAAUCAAAGCAUUAAAGCUUAAGUUAUCUGGUUAUCUAUCAAGUUCUCCUUCCAGUACCAGUCAGGCACGGACUAGCAAAGAUGUUGUAAGCAAACACACAGAGACCCCUGUUGUUGUUCAUGAUAGCAGUCCAAUGAAGACCCCAAUCAUAAAUAAGAUGAAUAAUAAUUUCAGCCAAGCUGAGAAAACUCUAGCUCUUGCCAGGAAUGGAGAAUCUCCAGGUCGCACAGCUUUGCACAUUAAUCAUAAUGAUCAACCUAUUACAGCAAAGACAGAAAUGGCCUAUCCCAACAACUUCAGCAUGUCAGGUGGUGGAGUGAUGCAACCACGAUCUAUGUCCGAGAGUUCUGAAAACACCGCCCGGGUCUCUUUGAAAGCUGAGCCUCCAUUGGAUGAAUUUGUGGUUGCUCAUAGAGAGGAUAACGAGGAACCUAUUGUAAGUCAUAGGUUGUCAACUUCCCCAGUGCAAAGGUUAAAUGAGGAGUUAUUACCAUCGGGAAAUGAUCAAAGUACACAUAAUGUCUCUAUGCAACAAAAUUGGUAUAGAAAGUCCAUUGGCAUUGACUCAGACCAAUUUGGAAGUCCAUUACAAUCUGUAGCCUCUGGUGGCUAUCCAAUUGAAGAUGUUAACAAGAUAAAGUCCCAUUUCCUUGAGAAGAUAUCUCCAAGGGGCAGGAAUAUGUCGGAUUUGCGGAGAAAGGAUGAAAUUGCGGUCGCUCAUAGAAAGGAUAAUGAGGAACCUAUUGUAAGUCAUAGGUUGUCAACUUCCCCAGUGCAAAGGCUAAAUCAGGAGUUAUUACCAUCAGGAAAUGAUCAAAGUACUCAUAAUGUCUCUUUGCAACAAAAUUGGUAUAGAAAGUUCAUUGGCAUUGACUCAGACCAAAUUGGAAGUCCUUUACAAUCUGUAGCCUCUGGUGGCUAUCCAAUUGAAGAUGUUAACAAGAUAAAGUCCCAAUUCCUUGAGAGGAUAUCUCCAAGGGGCAGGAAUAUGUCGGAUUUGCGGAGUUUAAAGCAGCUCAAGGACCUCCAGACUGAAGCAGAAGGAGUCAGCUCCAUAGAGGAAGUUUCUUUUGGGGAAAGAAAAGUUUCUUCUCUUAUGCCUGAUUCCACAUAUCCGAACAAAAGUACUGAUGUGCCUUUGCCUAAAAAGAGCCUCUCUAAGGAACCAGCGCAGAAUGACAACAAAGAAAUCCACAACAUGCAGUCCACUGUUGAGGAAAGCAUAUCUACUUCCAAGUCUGAUGCUUUGGGCAUUCUUAGUCAUGACAAUCAGCAGGAGCCUUGUCAUUCAGCACAUAUUUUGUCAGCACAAGAGAUGAAGGAAUCUCACCAUCAAAAGAGGAAAGGAGAUGCUCUUGAGGAUGGAGAUCUUGUCAGUAAGGUUGCCAGGACAACAGGGAGUUCAGAAAUCAAAAGAAGUGAGGGUUAUGAUGUCAAUUCCUCCACUGAGAAUCCCAAACAUUCUUUUAUGGGAAGAGAGAAUUCUGGCGAUAGCAUUCCACCACAUAGAAACUGGAAAGAUGUUUUUACAAAGUUCUUGGAUGAUAGCAGAAAAAUACCAUCUCCCUUGGUUGACAAGCUAGAUAUGAGAACGAUCAGUGUGCUCGAUGAGAUGUUAGUACACCUUCAGAAAGCCAAAAACUAUGAGCUGCUUAGCUCUGACAUUCAGACUAAGAAGGCAGAUCAAUCUCGUGGUGCUUCUGAGGAAAGGUAG